UGAAUCAAAACAGAAAUAAUAGAAAACGAGGUAUUGAGGAGUCCAAGAUGGCGUUACCCAAGGAGUGACUCCAGCGUCGAGAAAUUUCGAUUUCGCCGUAAAUUUAGCCGAUCGUCAUACUAAAAAGGUAUCUCUCUACUUGCUUGUCUGUAAUGUGAAGCACACGGCCACGAUGGAUUCAAGUGGACCGUGGGCUUCAUACACGUACAAUGGGCUACCCCCCUCACAAGCUCCUCCGCCGGGCACUUUGGCCUCAUCCUCUGCAGGACAGCGGACUGUGGCGGACCUGCAAGCCAUGGGCAACUCGCAACUGCUUCUGGCUGGAAUGAGUCCAGCGGCGGUUGCAGUGGCGGCCAAUUCGUCUUUUCAGCUGGGAAACUACGACUCAGCCAUGUUCAGCUCGCUGUUUCACCACCAAAAGCAGCAACACCACCGAUCUCACCAGGCUGUUGGUCAGCCCGUCCAAAUGGAGCAGUCCUCGCCUUGGACCCCGCAGACAAACAGCCUGGGCAAUCCGUUUGGUGUCUUGCCCCACCAGGCCUCUCAAAAAACCAACGUUAGCCCCAACAAAGGCGAAAACACUUUCUCCGCUCACAUCAUCCCCCCGUUCGCUCACUCGGCCUCUAACUAUGGCAACGCUGGUGCCCCCAAUUUGCCCUUUGUGCCACAGAAAACGGCGCCCAAGGUGCCCAUUUUCACCCCCAAAGCCCCUCCGAAGCACAAGGCUGCCCCGCCACCCCCUUCAGAGCCUCGUUACAAUCCUUCGGCAGCCGCGGCUAUGGCUGCUGCGUCGGCUGUGAUCAACAACACAAAAGCCUCCAACAUAAUUGUCCAUCGCAGCUUCCCUCCUCAUCUUCAACCCCACUGUCGCAGCUAUCCAAGUCCGGACAGCGACUAUCAGCAGCGAAACACACCGGACAGCGUAUCUUCAUCAGGACCGUAUGGCGAUUCUGACUGCCACAUGUCCAUGGAGCGGCCGAGUCCCAAUCCAAGCAGUCCCUAUUACAAUAUGGCAUCUCCUGAUUCUUGCGUCUACUCCAAACCCACUCUCGAACGCCAACCCCAGCCGCAACAACAAGCCCAAGUCCCUCCCCCACACCACCAAUUCCCUAUGAAACCGCACAACAACUGGGAAGAGAAGCGGACGGUGCCCGCGCACAGCCGCAGCUACAACAACUACGCCGAAGCAGAGAACAAUAAUGCUUUUAAUGUUUCAGAUCAGCAGCAGCAGCACUACCACUCUACCAUCAACUUAGCUGAUUUGCAUGGCGGUUCGGACGAGUUGCUAACGCAUGGUGGUUCUGAUAGCGAAGACUACGAACGGAGCAGCAGCAAGCGGCAGCGGCGCAACAAACGGGCCAGAAAAAGCGACAGCCCCGAGAAAAUAAACCGGCAGCUCACUCUUCUUCAACCGGUGCACGCUGAAGACGGAUACGCUGCGUCAGCCCUUGGUUUCCACUCGAGGGUAGCCUUCCCGCCUUUGCCCCAGCACCAAACCCAGGUGCACCAACAGAACGCCCAGCACCACCAACAACCCCCUCAGCAGGUGGUGCCACAAAACAAUAAUUAUCACCAGCCAGAGCAGCCGCAAUCAAAAUCUGUUGGGUCUCUGAUUGACGAAGAACUUGGGUUCCUAGAAAUGUCUAACGCCAACAAAAAGGGCAACACCUCCUCUGGGCCAACAGUGCAGCUCAAGAAGGAGACGCCUGGGUUCAUGGAUAGUUUCAUUAAGUUUCUCAAUGGUGAUCAGGAAAACUCAAUGGGCAGUAGUUCUGGUGUGCGAGGUAGUGGACGAAAGUCGCCUCCUAAGCAAAGGGGCCGCACCAUUCCACAGAAGCCUCCUUGCCCAGAAGUGGCAGUACCGCCUCAGCCGCAUCAGCACAUUCCGCAGCAAGUUCAAAUGCAGCAACAGCCGCCGGAGCUGCAACACCCAGGCUAUCAGAUCCACCAGGUGCCGCAACUCGAAAACGCCGGUCUUAGGGAGGAAAGUGGUGAGCUUAGUGGCCGCGGUAGAAAGCGCUCUCUUCCGCCAGAGAACCUGAACGAAGGUGGUCCAUCCGAUGAAUUCGAGUCGCAAUCCAGUAGCAACGAGGCUAUGUUCAAUUUGGCCGCUCAGAGUUCUGACAAGCAUAUAGAUAGCACUGACAAAAUGUACCAGCCAAGAGUUGUUCUAUCAAGGAUAUCAGACUAUCAAUUAAAGAGGUUGUCACAAACUGAGGAUGAAAGCAACAGCGAAGACUGUAUGCCAGUAGCUGAUGCAGCAGAUGAAGUAUUCUCUCUGCCCGAGAAAUACAAGCUAAUGCCUGAUGAAAGCGGAAUGCAGAUUCCUAAUUACGAGAACAAUAUUGAGAACUGCUUCCAAAUGCAAGGUGUUAAUAUUACUGUGUCUGGGACGAGCCCAACCUCUCUACUGGAGGACUUUGAGAAAUGUCUCUCUGGAGAGCUUCCAUUUGAAGUAGAUAUCAAAGAUGGUUUGGAAUCAGAUAGCAGCAGGUGUCAGUCCUUAAUGUUAGCUGCGCAAGGAGGAUCUUCCGAGAGAGAAAAUAAGAAAUUGGAACAUAUGUUACCACCAAUCAGUUGCAUAAAUAAAAAGACUGACACAAUUCAGGAUCUCAAAGUGGCUGCUAAUUGUAAGAGUGGCUCAGAUACAGACUUUAGACGGGUAAAGCUGAGUCAAAAUCCUUAUUACGGAACAUCCAACACAGAUAUUGAGAACUGCAAAAGUGGUGAAAACUUUUGUGUUCCAUCUACCACAUUUGACCCUGAGAGUGAGAUGAUGGAGAUAAUGCAAGAAAAUAAUAUCAAUUGUAAAGUAAAGCAAGAAAUGCCUGAAAAUUCUCUCUCAAAUAGCAAGGCUAUCAAGGCUGAUAAUAAUGAGGCACUUGAUAGACCAGUCAAGUUACCUGUUAAUAUCAAGACAAUUGAUGAAGAAAUGGAAACUCUAUUGGGCAAAAACAUCAUCUCAAAAAUGAAAUUUUUGAUUAAGACCAAAGCAGAAAUGAAACCAGAGGAUGCUUUCAAAAAAGCAUUUCCGUCCAUCAACAUCAAGCAAAAUCGAAAGAUUGAGAGUACAUCAGUUAAGAGGAAGCUACCAGGAAUGCACAGUGCAAAAUCUAAACCUGGACCAAAACGUUCAAAAAUGGAAGCUAUUGCCCCAAAACAAGUGAAGGAAGAGGUGACAGAAUUGGAAGAAAGCGAUCUUCAGCCAAAGCUUCCUCCGAAUAUGAGGAGGAGGAAGUAUAAGACUGGUACUUUUAUGACUCAUGUGAAAGACACUGAAAAGGGCUACCCCAGAUUGUAUCGAGUUGACGGACCAGAGAUGAAACAGGUCUAUGAGCCAUUUAUGGAAAACGGAGAGCUUCUGUACAGAAGCAAGCCAAGUUAUAGCAGUUGGAAUCUUGACUCGUAUAGAGAGUUUAAGGUCGAACAGAUUGAGUUUUACAAAAAGUCUGCAAACAUGAAUAUUGUUAGGGUGAUUUUACCACAUUCUCCGAAGAAAACCAAAAGGGGCAUCAAAACCAAAUCUGUCUUUGCCACAGCCGAGGUGGAAGACAUUUUCCGAACUUACAUCCAGGCGCUCUUGUCACAAGCUGUCGAAGGUGGAUUUUUGCAAGUGAUUUUUGAAGAAAAGGAAACACUCUUUACUAUUCCAAUUGAAAAGAUUGACAAACUGAAUGAGCAACGGAAAAACAAACUGCAGAGUAUCUAUAAUUUUCCUCAACAAAUCUUGGAUAUGCUGGAUCGAUGGCCUCAGUUCCGACCACAAAAUUUAACAGUUUACAACAAAUGUCAGUGCUGCCAAAAGGAAAAUGCCAUCCAUCUCCUUGAAGCUUGUGGAAAUGUUUAUUGUAAACAAUCACUGAAUCCUGUAGACCCAGACCUAAUUGCUGCUGAUGAAAGUGAAUUCAUUGCCUGCCAUAAAUGCUCCUUGAGAGUUUAUAAAUACUGUAAAAUUGCCCAUCUUAAGAUAAACUGCUACCAGUUGUGUCAUAAAGAAAUGGAACAAUAUGAUGUUGCAUCAAGGAUUGGUAAAAUUUUGGAGACAGUCCACUCAUCUUGGUUUGAAAAUCUUUUUGGCAAUCUUAAGGAUUUGUGGGCGCUGGUUGAUAGCAUAGAUCCUAACUGUGCAACUGAAUAAAGUUGGGAAUUUAAGUAACUAUCAAAAAGAAUGAAGCCACUGGUAAAUAGAUUGAAUUAGUUAAUUUGUUAAUUGGUACCUAUAUAAUGUACAUUAGUGCAUUUUACGUCAUCGCUAGGGUCACAACGAGAUAAUGAAAUCUUUUUGCCAACUGUUUUGUCCCCAAAAUAAAACCACACUUGUAACAACCCCCGAGA